GGGACAGAGGGGAGUCAAACUUCACCGCUUAGCUGCUAUGACACGGCUGGAGCCGUUUCUCAGAGAUGUCCACCGCCGUUCCUCCAACCGUGUCUUCCACGGUUUUCCAAACGGACCAGCUCACCAUCAUCGUGGCUUCCUUUUCUUGUCUGGUGUUUUUCGUGGUGAUCGCCGUGCUGCUGUCUCUGCUCUUCCGGAAGGACCCUCUGUGUUGCAAAGUCAGAGCUUUUCGAAACUCACAUGGAGACUUGGAGGCUCCCUCCCAGUACUACAGCAGCAGACAGACUCUGGUGGGCUCACCUUGUGCUGAAAUGCCUUCUAACACAAGGCUUGAUAAUUCAAAUACUCAGCCAGGGCAGCUGUUCUACGUUGGCCUGCCCAGCACGUACCGGCUGCCGUCCCUGGAGCCGCCGAUGCCUCGCCUGCCCUCAUACGAGAGCGUGCGCAAGAAGGACCGACAGCGGCAGAUCCACAUGAUGAUAGCCGACCGCUUUGGCCUCCAUGGACCUAUGACGACUGAGCCGCCUCCCACGUACGAAGAAAGCAUUCGGCAGUCGGUUCAGUCCCUUGAGGUUGCAUUUGACCCCCCAAUGUCGUCAGCGAUAACACCAGAUGCUCAGGUCAUAAACCCUGAACCUAUGGAUGCCUUGCCUCAGUAUGAGAGUCUACCUCAAAAUAGAAGCUCUCCUGGUAGUCAAGCUCAACCAGACUCCCCUAACGGUUUCCAGUGAGUCCAGAAGAAGGAAGCUGAUCUGAGGUCACCACAGCUUGCUGAUGGAAGUGCUAUUGGUGUUUUAAAUGACUGUUUCCAACGUGACCAACUGCUCUGGUGUUUUGUGUCUCUCAAAGACAAUAUUUAACCAGGCUGGUGGUGCUCAAGGCCAAAAGGCGUAAUGCAAACACCAAGCUAUAAUGAGACUGUUGCCAGUAUUCAGGCAUUAUCCGACUCAGAAGCUGGGAAUGUGAAGCACAUCCUAAAAGUCUGGGUUGUUUGAAGCAAAUCCUGCAGACUGGAACUUUGUUUAUCAAUGACUCUUCACACCUUGACAGGAAAAACAGAGGAUUUGACUGCAGCCUUUUGCUUAGAACCUUUUACCUACAUCACAAAGAGGCUGCGUGAGGAACAACAGACAUCAGCAAGAUUCAAUAUUUAUUGCCGUGUCAUCUCAGUUGACGAAUUUGCUACAGUGUGCAUGUGACAAUAAAAAGACAAAGACAACAAAUACAACAUACACUAUUUGUCCAAAAGUAUCCAGAGAUCUCUUCUAAGUAGUGACUUUGAGGUGCACCAAUUGCCGACACAAGAGUUCAGUCUCAUUAGAAAAGCAAGUCCAAUAAUAAUUAUAAUAAUAAUAGGAUGCUAUAGAACAGCUACACAUGAGCUAAGAUCACCAUGCCCAAUGCCAUGCUCUGGCUAGAGGGGGUAUAAAGCGCCCCAGCGUUGGGCUGUGGAACAGUGGAACCGUGUUCUCUGGAGCAGAGAUGUGUUGGGAUGAGUUGGGGUGAUGUUUGUGAUUCAGAACUAAUCACCUCUCUUUAAUAACGCACUUGAGGCUGAAUGGUAUCAGAUCCUCAAAGCAGUGUUCCAACAUCUAGUGUAAAGUCUUCCGAGAAGAGCAGAGGCCGUUACCGCAGCAAAGAGAGGAAAACUGGCUGUUAAUAUCCUUGAUUUCAGAAGAAACAUUAGAUGAGCAGGGGUCUUCAGACUUUUGGACAUAUAGUGUACAUCUUAAUCAUAGACCUGCUGCACUAUUAUCAAAAAUAAAACGUCAAAUUUAAGACAGACUUUUAAAAGACUUGGCAUAUGUGACUAAACCGACUGAAUGACCUUUGAAUCUCAGGGAACUCGUGCACCAGGAUUUGCAAAGACUUGUGCCUAAUGGAGAGGGAUUUUGAGACUGCCCGAGAUGUCAGGUUCAUCUCAUGCCAAAGGAGCAUUUCCUGUCAUUUUUUUUUCUUUUUUUAAAUAUUAUUUUGAAUUGUGUUCAACCUCUCAGAAAUAGAAAGCGCCCUUUUAUCCAUUUUUCUAAAUGUUUUUUUUUCCUGCUCAUGCUAGUUGUUCUUUUUCCCUCAUUUCAAGUUCUUCCGCUUCAGCAGUAAUGACUCACACUUUCUGUGUGUGAUACUGGAUGUGCUUUUGAAUAUGAACUACAAGUUUUCAGGAAGAGAGGACGUAAUAAUUUGCAUACAUAAAACAAGAAUGUGUUCACUGUGAAUUAUGCUCAGGUUAAACAAACACUCCAGCAGUUAUCCAGCCAAUCUGUUGUAUCUGUAACAUAUGGUUAAUUAUUACAGACAAUCAUUGUCCUGUACAUACCCACGGUAGUGGGCAAUAGGGCCAAAAAGAGAACAUUUUUGAUGGCUUUUGUAUAUAUCAUCAAAUAAAACCAUUUCAGAUGCUGUA